AUGCGUCCUGCUCGCUUGACAAGAACUGCCGUCCGCCCUGGUCGACAGGCCCGUCCUGCCCUUUACCAGCUACAGAGGCCAUCAGCAGCCCUGCCAGCACCAACAUAUUGCACAAACCAUCCACGAGCCUCAAGAAAUUAUAGUGCAUCACCUCUCCCGCACCAUACGCAGCCCAUCCUCUCCCCCUACCGCCCCAAGCGCAUCGUGAUCGGCAUCACAGGCGCAACAGGCACCCUCUACGCCAUCCGGAUCCUCCAGAUCCUCCGCGCCCUCCAGGUCGAAACCCACCUGGUCAUCUCCAAGUGGGCGCUCGCGACCAUGAAGUACGAGACAUCCCUCACCGAAGCCCAGAUCCGCGCCAUGGCCUCCGUAUGCUACACAGCCAAGGACCUCAGCGCACCCAUCGCCAGCGGCUCUUUCCAGCACGACGGCAUGAUGAUCGUGCCGUGCAGCAUGAAGACGCUGAGCGCCGUCCGGACGGGUUUCUGCGACGACCUCAUCUCUCGCGCGGCGGAUGUCAGUCUCAAAGAGAACAGGAAACUGGUCAUGGCGGUGCGUGAGACGCCGCUGAAUGACAUUCACCUAGAGAACAUGCUCUUCCUGCGGCGGGCGGGUGCGUGCAUCUUCCCUCCUGUGCCGUCGUUUUAUAAUCGCCCCGAGACAUUGGAGGAUAUGGUGGACCAGACGGCGGGCAGGAUGUUGGAUCAGAUGGGGAUCGUCACGGAAGGAUUUGAGCGAUGGGAGGGAUUCCGGUGGAAUAAGAAGGUGGAAGAGGAGAGGCCAAAAGCGGCCGUUGGUUAUUCGUAG